CUGAGGCUCGAAGGGGAAAUGAACAAAGACGAUUCCAUCCAGAUCGAAGAGACUACUCAGUUCAUGUUGCUAAUUAUUUUGCGAAGUGCUUACAUGUAAUGCCGGUUAGAAGAGUUCGUUCAGGCCACUCCGAGCCACCUUUCUGUCAUGGGGCUGGGGAGGUUUUCGCGGAAUGACUUGGCUACAACUGCUACCGCCGCUGCUGUUGUCAAUAUAUUGUGUUCCGAUGCUCCUGUAGAUAUUAGUACAAGUAUGCCUGGACAGCUCGUCGUUACGCCUGCAACUGGAGCAUCAGGACCGACCGAUUUUUACAAAGGCGUCGCUCUGGCUGUAAGCUCCAGUGCUUUCAUCGGGGCGAGCUUCAUCAUCAAGAAGAAAGGUUUGCUGCGAGUCGGUCGCUCUUCAGACGGACGUGCCGGAAGCGGCGGUUACGCUUAUUUGAGGGAAUGGCUAUGGUGGACAGGCCUGUUGACAAUGGUUGCUGGCGAGGCAGCUAAUUUCACAGCUUAUGCGUUUGCCUCUGCCGUGGUUGUUACACCACUCGGUGGUCUCAGUGUUAUUGUCAGUGCCAUUCUUGCAUCUUAUAUGCUGAAGGAGCGGCUCAACGCUCACGGAAAACUUGGCUGCUUUCUGUGCUUAAUUGGAGCUACGGUGGUCAUCCUCUCAGCUCCGGAAGAGCAAGUCGUCACAAGGGUCACUGAGCUUCAAGCUCGCUUACGUGAUGCUGUGUUCAUCACGUAUGUUGUGAUGGUUGUCGCCAUCUCAACCUAUCUCAUCUGGUGUGUUGCACCUGCUCACGGUAACAAGAACAUGUUGGUCUACAUUACGAUAUGCUCCUUGAUCGGCUCCCUGUCCGUGAUGGCUUGCAAAGGUGUUGGACUUGCUAUCAAGCUGACAAUUGAAGGUGAUAACCAGCUGGACCGUGCGAUAGUCUGGGUCUUGGUGCUUGCUGUUAUCUCUUGCAUUAUGGUGCAAAUGAACUAUCUGAACCGGGCCCUCGACAUCUUCAACACAUCAAUGGUAACCUCAAUUUAUUACGUUAUGUUCACGGGGGCUACCAUAACAGCAUCGUUUAUCCUUUUCAAAGACUGGCAACGUUCCCAUGCGAAAGGUGUGAUCGGUAUCCUCUGCGGCUUUUCAACUAUUGUUGUGGGCGUCAUUCUUCUCCGUUUCUUUCAAGAGGUUGAGCUGCCCGAAGGCCAGUUCAAGGCCUUGUCCUGUGGUGGGGGCCUGGAGCGUAUGUUUGCAAUGUGUCCUGGCUUUGAGGACUGUGCUGGCUGCUGUGAGGAUCGGCUGUCUGUGUCGCGGAGGAUGUCGAGGAAAGCCGAGGUGGUGCGGCUCAACGAUGUGGACCGCUUGGAGAGUGAAGAGGAAGAUCUCUAUACAGCCGCAGGUGCUAAUGGCACCACCCUUUUACCCAGUUGAUGUACAAAGUGAGUUGCCUCGCUUUUUUUCUUUUCUUUUUUAUCUAUUGAAUUCUUUUAUGAUGCUGGCCUGCUGGUGGUUGCCAUGCUUGUUGCCAGUCUAAUGAGUUCUUUACCACUGUACAUAGUUGAUCGAGUCGACAACUCCUGACCAUAACUUACUGUAUUUUCUUCUGCUGUUACUUCACCUUGCCCGCCGUUGCACAUAGCUUUUUUGCCGUUGAUCGGCUAAACAGGCUGGCCGUAUUUAUAGCUAUGCUUCCGUUGACCUUGCUUGCCGACGAAUAAUAUGUGUACACCGUGUGUGUGUGUGUGUGUGUGUAUGUGUGUGUGUGUGUGUGUGUGUGGGUGUGUGUGUGUGUGUAUGGGUGGGUGUGUGUGUGUGUGUGUGUGUGUGUGUGUGUGUGUGUGUGUGUGUGUGUGUGUGUGUGUGUGUGUGUGUGUGUGUGUGUAGUGGGAUAUUAUCUGAAAAUAUUUAGACGUGUCUGUUCCGCUUCUUUUUGCCAACAACUAUAGUUCACAUUUGCUAUUCUCGCCUUCUAUGUAGACGCGUCUAUUUUCCCUAGGAUUGCCUAUUUCAAACAACUGCAUUAUGCACACAGUCAUGAAUUUUGACUUUUCGUUUUAGCUUGCGGUAUUUGUUGAUCAGUAUCGUUAUACAAAUUGUGAUUUCCCUGUGAGCCAGUUUGACACUGAGCUGCAUUAUGCGACCCACUUCAACUAGUA